AAUCAAAAGUUCCCGCCCACUCACUCCCCACUCUCACCAUAUACAAAACCCCUCUCUUCUCUUUAUCUUUACUUCCAUAAUUCCAUUUCUUCACUCAUCUUCUUCUUCUUCUUUUUCUUCCAGAGAAAGAGACACUAACGCUACAAAAUGGCCGCAAAAGCUCCGACCCCAGAUGCGAUUUCAAUCAUACUCGCCAACCCUUCGCCGGACACCUCCACAGAGAUGCCGGACAUUGUUGUCCAGGUCCUCGAUCUCAAUGCCAAGGGUAACCGAUACAUGUUUACUGCUAGUGAUGGAAAGAAGAAGCUAAAAGGGAUUCUCCCAUCACAUAUUACUCCUCAGGUUAUCUCAGGAGAUAUUCAGAAUCUGGGUCUUAUUCGCAUUCUUGAUUAUUCUCUGAAUGACAUUCCAAGCAAGUCAGAAAAAUAUGUUAUUAUUACCAAGUGUGAGACAGUUUCUCCUCCACUUGAAAUGGAAAUUAAGGACGAGAUCAAGAGCGAGGGAGUUGGCGUUUUCUUGAAACCAAAACAAGAGAUUGAGGUCAAGAGUGAGGUGAAAAGAGCGGAUGCUGGUGUUUUGUUAAAGCCCAAGCAGGAAAUCAUUUCUAAAUCAGCUGCUCAAAUCGUUCAUGAGCAGCAUGGAAAUAUGGCCCCAGCUGGACGGAUGGCCAUGACUCGCAGAGUUCAUCCCCUUGUUUCUUUGAAUCCUUAUCAAGGCAGUUGGACAAUAAAGGUCCGGGUUACAAACAAAGGAAACAUGCGUACGUAUAAAAAUGCUAGAGGUGAAGGCUGUGUAUUUAAUGUGGAAUUGACGGAUGAAGAAGGAACCCAAAUUCAAGCAACUAUGUUUAAUGAAGCUGCAAGGAAGUUCUAUGACAAGUUUGAAUUGGGGAAGGUUUAUUAUAUUUCAAAGGGGACUCUUAAGGUUGCUAACAAGCAGUUUAAGACGGUGCAAAAUGAUUAUGAGAUGACUUUGAACGAGAACUCUGAAGUGGAGGAAGUAAGCAGUGAAGCAGCUUUUGUUCCUGAAACGAAAUUCAAUUUUGUCCCAAUUGACAUGUUGGGUCCCUAUGUUAGCGGGAAGGAACUUGUUGAUGUUGUAGGUGUUGUUCAAAGUGUCUCCCCAACAAUGAGCAUCAGAAGAAAGAGCAACAAUGAAAGUAUUCCAAAGCGUGAUAUUACAAUUUCUGAUGAGAGUAAAAAGACGGUUGUGGUUUCCUUGUGGAAUGAGCUUGCAACAAGUGUAGGCCAGCAAUUGUUGGAUAUUGCCGAUCAAUCUCCUGUAGUUGCUAUUAAGUCUCUCAAAGUUGGAGAUUUUCAAGGCUUGUCUCUGUCAACAUUAAGCAGAAGCAUGCUAAUGGUAAAUCCAGAUAUACCAGAAGCAAAGAAUUUGAAAUCUUGGUUUGAUUCUGAAGGUAAAGUGGCCUCGUUGGCAUCUGUUGGCACUGGUAUGAGCCCAUCAUCCAGGAAUGGAGGAAGAUCCAUGUACAAUGAUAGAGUCUCUCUGUCUCAUAUAACUGAAAACCCAUCCUUAGGCGAUGACAAGCCUGCAUAUUUCAGCAUCAGAGCAUAUGUUAGCUUUAUCAAACCUGAUCAGACAAUGUGGUAUCGGGCUUGCAAAACUUGUAACAAGAAAGUCACAGAAGCUAUUGGUUCUGGUUUUUGGUGUGAAGGAUGCCAGAAGAAUGAUGAAGAGUGCUGCUUAAGAUAUAUAUUGGUGAUUAAAGCAUCAGAUGCAAGUGGUGAAGCUUAUGUUUCUGCAUUUAAUGAAGAAGCAGAAAGGAUCAUUGGGAGUUCAGCAGAUGAGCUUAAUACACUGAAAAAUCAGGAGGGAGAAGACAACUUGUUUGAGCAAAAAUUAAAACAAGCUACCUGGGUUCCUCAUCUUUUCCGGAUCAGUGUUUCUCAAAACGAGUACAACAAUGAAAAGAGGCAAAGGUUAACAGUCAGGGCCAUUGCCCCUGUUGAUUAUGCUGUUGAAUCAAGAUUUUUGCUAGAGGAGAUAUCAAAGAUGAGAGCUUCCUGAUAAUGUUUAUUUGGUUAACUAAUGAAGACACUAGUCUUUGGCUAAUAUACUUUCCCCUUGAGAUAUCUGGCUCCAUUUUCCACUUUAGGGAAGUCUCAAGUCUUAUAUUAGGAUGUUAUUUUGCGUGCCUUUGCACAUAAUGUUUAGUAUUCCGAUCAAAACAGGUGUUUUAUUGGUUUUGAAUUCUAGUCGUGUUAAAGUUAAUCGAUUUUCCUAUAUAAGCUAUCUCUGGUUGACUUGUAAUUGAGUAGCAUGCAAAAAUGUGCAAUGUCUUUCUUGAGUGUUUAGCAAAGACUACAUAGCAGCCAAACGGAAUGAGUUUAUACUUUAGAAAUGAUAGUUUGUUUCACUUGA